GACACCUCGAAUACGAGAGGGGAGAGCGCGGAGACAACCACAGAGAAAAGAUCAAGAGAAGAGGAGGAAGAAGAAAAGGGGAGAAGAAACGAAAGACAACACUAAUCGAAGAGAAGACAGGUGGUUGAUGUGAGCCUCCAUCUCGAUCACCUCCUCCUCGUACCUCCCUCGAGCAGCCGUCGGCAUCGCCGCUCGCCCUCCCGGUCCGAGCGUCGUCAUCUUCCCACCGGCGUCAAACCCGAGCAAGGCAGUCAGCAAUGGUUAGCAUAAGGCGAAGAAGAUAUUUGGGGCUCUGUUCUGGAAAAAGUUCUUUCCCGGUUGUGGUUCCUCAGCCAAUUGACAAUGGCAAUUCUGUGGAAAAUCCUAAUCAACAUGUCAAGCCAGUCAGUGUAUAUCCCAUAUCUUCAGUUAAUACAAGUCCUCAAAAGCUGGUAAAUAAAUCUGAAACAUAUUCUGGAUCCUCAAAUGUAUCUGGCUUGACUACGCCGAAGGAGGCGCUGAACCAUCAUUGUCCUGAAAUAAAGCGCAGCAAGCGACACAGGAGAAAGCACUACGAAGACCAAGAACCACGCAAAAUGACUGGGGUUUACUUUAAAAAUAUGAAAUGGCAGGCAGCAAUAAAAGUUGAUAAGAAACAGAUUCAUUUGGGAACGGUCGAGUCUCAGGAAGAAGCUGCUCGAUUGUAUGACAGAGCGGCUUUCAUGUGCGGAAGAGAACCCAAUUUUGAGCUCACGGAGGAGGAGAAACAAGAACUAAAACAGUACAACUGGGAUGAUUUCUUGGCCAUGACUCGCAGCGCAAUCAACAAUAAGAAGCACCAGAGAAAGAUUGGUGCAGGGAGACGAAAGAAGUUGGAGAGUCAACUGCCAAAUAACAACCGGAAACAGGAGGGAGGCACCCCUGUUUCAUCUAUUUCCGAGGAUGAUGAAGAUGUUGACGUCGAGACAUCUGCCUCGUGAUCACUGUGAUGCAAGGAAUCCAGAAUACAAGUUCUAAUCAUUUUUACUAUCGAGGCUAGCUUAUGCAUACAUAUACACAUUUCAUAGUUUAGCUUUAUUAAUUACCUCAUUAGUUUGCUCUAUAUAAAGGCCCCUAUUAGGGCAAGAUUUUUGUUGCCAUCUUCUAAUCAAAGACUCCCAUUUAAGA